GCCUGACUGCAAGAAGCGCUUCCGGCAGCCUCGGCCCACUAAUCCACAGCCAGCCUUCCGGCCGCGAUGUAAUCCUCGCCUCAGGCCCUUCGGAGUGGAUCCGUACCCCCAGCCCCGCUCCCGCGACGGCCGUGAAUAGUGGCGCCUUCUCGCGUCGGUCCGGGCCCAGACCGCCUCGUCUCCUCGUUGCCUCGGGCGUCAGGCGACUCCAGGACCCUGUGAUCUGUGCCUGCGCCUGCUGAAGAGCCCUCGAGGCCCCGGGCAUUCCUUGGGCUUGGAGCCUGUUCUUCGUACUCCUUUCGGUCAGGAAUCUUGCACUGGUCUUUGCCCCCUCCCCUAAUGCCCGGCAUUUGAUAAAUGUUUGUUGAAUUUCAAGAGACAUUAUGAGCAAUGAAUCUGAAAAGGUGGGUUGAAGCCAGAUUGUGAAUUUUGUUGAGUGGUAGACCAAAGAAUUCUGACUGGCUUUUUCCGAUAGGCAAUGGGAAGCCAUUAACCUGAGUUUUUAAAAGAGUAAGCAUAGCAGUGCUGGAGAGUAAAUUAGACACGAGAAGAGAUCGGAGGAAAGCAAUACCAGUUAAAAGUCAGUAGAAGUCUCUCAGAUUUUUCCUGUAUGUAUAUCAGAAAUUGAAUGCAUUAAGACCAUUUAGAUUACUGGUUAACACACUUUUCCAACCGGGACCAGUCUAAAGGUUCCCAUACGCAACACACAGAAUAAGAACCACCUCUUCCUAUUUUAACUCUACUCUUUUUCCUCCUGCUGAUCCAGGACAUACGUGUCAGGAUAAGAAAUAUUUCAGGUCUUAAUUAAAUGACUGGCUUUGCAGAUUGUUCAGGAUUGGGAAUGAUGAUAGAUCUCAGAGUGAGUUAGUAAAGUAAGAGGGAAAAUAGAGUCCCAGACACUACUGCAGCUAUUAGUCUCCUAACAACCCAAACUUCACUGUGUGGUUCAGUCCACUAGGAAUUGUCAUUGGGUAUGAUUUGAUGACCAUCAUCUAAGACUUGUAUUUCUCUCGAUUUCUUCAGGGAGAACACCUUUGGUUCUACAGUGUGGCGGGCACUGAUGUUUUUCUAAGUGGUCUUGAACGGCCUACUUUUUAUGUAAAUAACAGCUAGACUUCAUAUUUUUCACUUCAGAAACCUAUAAUCUACGGUUGGCAGAGAUUUAAAACACUACUUUUAGGAUAUUCUCUACAUUUGACUUGAAAACUCUUCUUGUUCCAAAAUGUUGAGAUACUGGGGAGAGAUACCAAUCUCAUCAAGCCAGACCAACAGAAGUUCCUUCGAUUUGCUGCCCCGGGAGUUCCGUCUGGUGGAAGUCCAUGACCCGCCCCUGCACCAACCCUCAGCCAACAAGCCCAAGCCCCCCACCAUGUUGGAUGUCCCGUCAGAGCCAUGCAGCCUCACCAUCCAUACCAUCCAGCUUAUCCAGCACAACCGACGCCUGCGCAACCUCAUUGCUACAGCUCAGGCCCAGAAUCAGCAGCAGACGGAAGGUGUAAAGACUGAAGAGAGUGAACCUCUUCCCUCGUGUCCUGGGUCACCUCCUCUUCCUGAUGACCUCUUGCCUUUAGAUUGUAAGAAUCCCAAUGCUCCAUUCCAGAUUCGGCACAGUGACCCAGAGAGUGACUUUUAUCGUGGGAAAGGGGAGCCUGUGACCGAACUCAGCUGGCACUCCUGCCGGCAGCUCCUCUACCAGGCAGUGGCCACCAUCCUGGCCCAUGCAGGCUUUGAGUGUGCAAAUGAAAGUGUCCUGGAGACCCUCACUGACGUAGCACACGAGUACUGCCUUAAGUUCACCAAGUUGCUGCGCUUUGCUGUGGAUCGGGAGGCCCUGCUGGGGCAGACUCCUUUUCCUGAUGUGAUGGAGCAAGUGUUCCAUGAAGUGGGCAUUGGCAGUGUGCUCUCCCUCCAGAAGUUCUGGCAGCACCGCAUCAAGGACUAUCACAGUUACAUGCUACAGAUUAGUAAGCAACUUUCUGAAGAGUAUGAGAGGAUUGUCAAUCCUGAGAAGGCCACAGAGGACACUAAACCUGUAAAGAUCAAGGAGGAACCUGUGAGCGACAUCACCUUCCCUGUCAGUGAGGAACUGGAGGCUGACCUUGCUCCUGGAGACCAGUCACUGCCCAUGGGAGUCCUGGGGGCUCAGAGUGAGCGCUUCCCAUCUAAUCUGGAGGUCGAGGCUUCACCACAGGCUUCAAGUACAGAGGUAAAUGCUUCCCCCCUUUGGAACCUGGCGCACGUGAAAAUGGAGCCUCAAGAGAGCGAAGAAGGCAACGUCUCUGGGCACGGAGUGCUGGGCAGCGAUGUCUUCGAGGAGCCCAUGUCAGGCAUGAGUGAAGCCGGGAUCCCCCAGAGCCCUGAAGACUCAGACAGCAGCUACGGUUCCCACUCCACUGAUAGCCUCAUGGGGUCCUCGCCUGUUUUCAACCAGCGCUGCAAGAAGAGGAUGAGGAAGAUAUAAAAAGAAGAGAGAUUUUCUGUCUGAACCAGUAAACCCAACAGAAAACCUCAUAUAUUCAAAUAUUUCAUAGUGAUUUGACUCUUAAACGCAGUGGAUUUCCCUGAUUUCAGUGGAACUGGACUUAACCAAACAAGUUGGCGUUUUACUUCUGCACCUGGUUUUUGUAGUUUUCCACAACCACCACACCACCAUUCACAGAUGUCGUGAUACUGGGAUGGUUAUCAGACCAAAGCACUGUCUCUGACCGCUGUCCCUGCUAUGUGACUAGUCACGUUGCUUAGCUUCUUCAGAACCAUUUCUCCUGCACAGCUGAGAAGACUCACACCACUCUGACCUACGUCGCAGGGCUUUUGUGAAUACUGAGAUGUUAUUAAACUUCAAAGCUGUGCUUUAACAGACUCACAAGUAAAUGUACAUUGGUAUCAGAUGUCAGUUUUUUCAUUUAACUUGCUCCAUUUUUGGUUCAGUCAUUGGGAAUCCAGUACCAUUACCUAACAGGAAAUAGCAAACUCUGCUUAACUUUUCCAUCAGGAGUCUUUUUUUUAAACUUUUGUUGCCCAUGGAGUCUCAUAAAAUCAGGUCUGUGGUAACAGACUUUUUGCUUAGUCAGACAUUCCUCUCCUACCUCAUCUGCCUAUUUUCUUCGUGCUGCUUUAGAUUUAUUCCAUCUAUUCUCAUCCUGUUUGUCUUUUCUUGGUUCCACUCAGAUUUUUAAAAUAGUCGUAUCUCA